UAAACAAGAAGAGGUGCUGGAAAUUGUCUGUAUUAAACAGGAGCCCCCUGAAGUAGAGUUUGAUCACAUGGAACCAGGGAAGGAAGAAUCCGAGGACUUCAAACCAAACAUCCCUGAGCUGGAGCCUGUACGCCUGCGGGAGUGUAGCGUGGUGCUGGGGAGAAUCUGCAUGAGAGAGCAAGGCGCUGGAGAGGAAGGCUCUCCCAACAGCACACAAGGAGGUGGAAAGAAAGAUAAAGGGUCACAUUCAGAAUGCAGUCUAGCAGGUUCCAGUCCAGCAGCUAAAGUGAGGGUGGACAGUGGAGAAUAUCCAGACUGUGGGAAAGGUUUCACCCAGUUAGGAAACAUGAGAACACACCAGCAAAUUCACACAGGAGAGAAACUGUACUGCUGCUCUGACUGUGGGAAGAGUUUCAGUCGGUUAGAAAACCUGAAAAGACACCAGCGAAUUCACACAGGAGAGAAACCAUAUUGCUGCUCUGAGUGUGGAAAGAAUUUCAGGGAUUCAGGAACCCUGAGACAACACAAGCGAAUUCACACAGGAGAGAAACCAUUUCACUGCUCUUACUGUGGGAUGAGUUUCAGUCUUUCAGGACACCUGAAAGCACACCGGCGAAUUCACACAGGAGAGAAACCGUAUUGCUGCUCUGACUGUGGGAAGAGUUUCAAUCAGUCAGGAUCCCUAAAAGCACACCAGCGAAUUCACACAGAUAAACUGUAUCACUGCUCUGACUGUGGGAAAAGUUUCAAUGUGUUACAAAACCUGAAAAGACACCAGCGAAUUCACACUGGAGAGAAACCAUAUUGCUGCUCUGACUGUGGAAAGUGUUUCAAUCAGUCAGGAGACAUGAGAAAACACCAGCGAAUUCACACUGGAGAGAAACCAUUUUGCUGCUCUGACUGUGGGAUGAGUUUCAGUUACACAGAAGCCCUGAAAGCACACCAGCGAAUUCAUAUAGGACAUAGUAUGUAUUGCUGCUCUGACUGUGGGAAGAGUUUCAGUUUUUCAGGGUACCUGAAAACACACCAGCGAAUUCACAAAGGAGAGAAACCAUAUUGGUGCUGUGAAUGUGGAAAGAGUUUCAUUAACAUAGGAAAUCUUGAAAAACACCAGCGAAUUCACACUGGAGCGAAACCAUAUCUCUGCUCUGACUGUGGGAAGAGUUUCAGUCAUACAGAAUACCUGAAAGCACACCAGCGAAUUCAUACAGGAGAGAAACCGUAUCGCUGCUCUGACUGUGGGAAGACUUUCCGUUUUAAAACUAACCUUCAUACACACCAACGAAUUCACACAGGAGAGAAACUGUAUCACUGCUCUGACUGUGGGAAGAGUUUCCAUGCUAAAAAUGACCUGCAAGUACACCAACGAAUUCAUACAGGAGAGAAACCAUAUUGGUGCUCUGACUGUGGGAAGCACUUCCGUCAGUCAGGAGCUCUGAAAUCACACCAGCGAAUUCACGCCAGAGACAAAGCCCAUGUUCGUUUAGAACAAAAUGUUAACCUGGAAUUAUGAGUCCUUGUGUAAUUUACUUUUUUGUAAUCCCCUGCACCUGGUGUUAAUUGUAAAUUAGAGCCAGGUGCAGGGUAUUUAAGGAAUGCAGCCAGUCUGUUCAGGGCUGCUGAGAGAAGGAACAGAAAGUGUGCUCUGGUUCCGAGCAGUCAGAGUGAGGUACUGUGAUAAACUGUGUGAUUUUGUGGUUUUGGGUUACCAGUAAACAGCUUAGCUGUCCACGGUGUUAGUAAGAGGAAUCCUGACUGUAUAGCUAGUGCUUCAAGAAGG